UGUCAGCAGUGGUUGGUGGGUUGGUCGGGUGCCUCGGGAGAAAUCCCCAACUCAUCAAAAACAUAUUUAUUUGGAGAGGUGUUGAUUCGUUCACCAUCGCUGCUGCAAAUUCAAAGUCCAAAGACGGAAGACUCGGCCUUCACCUUUGAUCAUCGGAUUUGUAGAAUUGCUUGGACUAGUUGCUUUCUCUUUGCAAAUGGAGCACAGUGCCAAAAAGGACUGGAAUCUAGAGACGAAGGGACUGCUGCAGAGUGACGAGUUAUAUCAGUAUAUCUUGGAGACUAGUGUGUAUCCACACGAACCGGAGCCUCUCAAGGAGCUUAGAGCUGCCACCGCCAGCCACCCGAGGGCUGGGAUGGCUACUGCACCAGAUGCAGGUCAGUUAAUGGCCAUGCUGUUGAAGCUAGUAGAUGCAAAGAAAACGAUUGAAGUUGGCGUUUUCACUGGAUACUCUCUCCUCCUCAGUGCUCUUACAAUUCCCGACGAUGGCAAGAUUGUAGCCAUAGAUGUGAAUCGUGAGACGUAUGAGCAAAUAGGGCUUCCAAUCAUAAAGAAAGCCGGUGUUGAGCACAAAAUCGACUUCAUUGAAUCCCAGGCCCUACCGGUUCUUGAUAAGCUACUAGAAAAUCAUGAAAACGAAGGAAGUUUCGACUUUGCUUUCAUUGAUGCCGACAAGGUCAACUACUGGAACUACCAUGAGAUGUUAAUGAAGCUGUUGAAGGUGGGUGGUAUAGUUGUCUAUGAUAACACCCUCUGGGGAGGAACGGUUGUAAUGCCUGAUGAGUUGAUUCCGGAGUUAAUGAAACCAGGCAAACAGGCGACAAUCGAGCUUAACAAGUUACUUGCAGCCGAUCCUCGUGUCCAGAUUUCGCAUGCUUCUUUGGGUGAUGGGAUCACAAUUUGUCGUCGACUUUACUGAUUCUUGCUUGAAAGAUGUAGCCUUACAUGUCUAAAGCUCGGGGAUUUGGCAAUCUCCCUUGACUAAUGGAGAUUUGAUAUUUAUGCUUUCAGAACUCGAAAGAGUUUCAAUGAAAUAAUGUAUUGUUGAGUGA